UUUUGAAGAUUUGUAGGUUCGGCUCGUGAAUUGGCACCACUAGAUGUAAAAAAGAGCACUGUUUUGUGAUAUGUAAAUUUGACAUUAUUCAAAAGUGCUCCAGCAGCUGUGGUUUAAAAAAAUAAUAAUAAUAAUAAUUUCUCGCACCAAUGCAGAUUGUGUUUGAAAGCACAUAUUUAACUACUAGGCUAAUUCAAAUUCGAAAUGUGUGAUUACUGACAUCUGAAACAUUGAUAUUUAACUUUAUAUUUUGAGUUCCAUUGGGGACAUUAAUUAAUAAGCCUUAUUCAGGGGGGUCACAAACCCCAAACCACCCUCCAGUGGUGGGAAAUAACGAAUUACAACUACUCACGUUACUGUAAUUAAGUUUUUCGGGUACUUGUACUUUUUGAAUAUAUUUUUAGAGCUGUACUUUUACUUGCAAGUACAAAUUAAGCAAAAUAAUCUACUUCGUUACUUUUAAAUUAUAGCUUGUUACUGAGCACGCCCACAAUUAGAAUUAACACUAUUUCAUUAAUAUAACGUAUUUAAGCUAAGUGUAAUUUCUUAAGCAGACUACAGUCCCCAUGCUCACAGUGUUUCAGACACUAAUAUUUUAGCUGAAUCAGUUUGAUGUUUUUUGGGGGGCGUCUGGCAGAGCAUUUGGUCCCAGAAGUGGUGAAGGAUGAUCUCAGAUGUGACAAGCAGAUAUUCUUAAUGGGGUCCUAUUAUGCUUUUGCAUUUUUUGAAUUUUAGUAGGUGUAUAGUAUGUUUGAGCAAAACAAAUCUCAAAGUCCACUCCAAAGGGAGAUAUAAAAAAAAAAAAUGUAAAUCCCUUUUCAAGAACUACAAUAAACAGCUUGUUUGGACUACAGCGUUGUUUUCCAAAACAAUAUCAAUCUGAUCAUUGAUAUGGCAAUAUUGAUGCCAUUCUUAUCAGAGGGAACUUGCUGCUUUGCCAAGGGGCAGGCAGUACUGAAAUACCAUCUGAGCUGUUCACCAAUCACAAACACACUGGGACAGCUAACCAAUAAUAACACAUUUUGUUUUUUGGAAGUUUUUCUUCAUCAAAACCAGAACUAAUUGAGACAUUUAUGCCAAGCAGUGGAGAAAGGUAUUGUAAUAAUGUAAAUUAUGUGUAAAAUAAUGUGUUUUUCGAACUACCAAGCAUGAGAGCAUCUUCUAGUACACCCCCAAAACAAAUUCAAGACAUUGUAAAAGAGCAUAAUAGGACCCCUUUAACCACUCCUAUCCAACCAGAUGUUGAAGUUAGAAAUCCCUGUAUCAUGACCAAUUAACAUACUUUGUCAAUAAGAUAAAAUUGGGUUUUGUUCAAAGUUACUAUUAUCCAUGCACAUAGAUCUUUGAUAUGAAUAUUGUUUGUUAACUAAAUAUCGCCAGCCAAAAAGUAACUAGUAACACUUGUACUAUUAGUAUUUUUUGACAGCAGUACUUUUACUUGUAAUGGAGUAUUUUUUCACCAAUGUCACAGUACUUUGUACUUAAGUACAAAUUUUCAGUACUCUUUCCACCACUGCCCCCCUCUAAUUCGCAUUCUGCAUAUUGCCUAAAAAAAGAUUACGUUACAUGCAGCACUGUUCAGAUAAGCAUAUUACAAGCGCAGCGAAAAAAGAUGUAUCCAACACGUGUUCAUCUCUCCCCCACCUCCCAUCUCCACCACCACCCUCUCGGAGAAGUUUCUCUUAUUUGUCUGGGCUGGAGAUGGAGUUGGAGAGCAGGAGGCGCGCAGUGCGCAGGAACCGAGAACAGUGAGAAGACAAACUGAAUCAGAUAACAAAGCUUGCCAGCUGCGAAGAACAGCAGAGGCGGUGAGUUAAAACUUGGACAGGAUCCGUAGGGCGUCUUCCAACUACCGUCUUAUCAAAUUGGUGCGAUACACCUGGGGAAACAGGAGGAGUUGAUGAAGGUAGAGGAGGAGGAGGGUGCCAACGCACAAGUGCUAGACUGCGCCAAGCCAAUCUGAGAUUACAAAUUACUCGCAUCCAUUUUUCUCCACAUUUUACAUUUUACUGAGUGAGUCUUUUUUUAGAUAUGCGGAUUUGCAGAAUACAAGGAGAUCUGUAUCGCUCCAUCCCAAGAGCAGCGCGCUGCUAUUGACAAACUCCUGCGGUAAGCCCUAAAAAUAACUUUUUUGGAAUCAUCCGCCCAGAAAUGCGGGAGACUGGUCUAUCUGAAGUGUAAAAAAAAAAAAAAAACGAAAGCAGUUCGUCAAGAACAAGCUCUCAAAGCAUUCUCGCACUCUAUCUUCUGGGACAACUUUAACCGUGAAGGAUGUCAGCGUUACGGAAAAAAUUUGGGGAUGAUUAUCAAGUGGUGACCACUUCGUCCAGCGGCGGCGCGUUCAAUCAGGCGGCCCCCGAGAAGAAGAAGAAACGUCAGCGCUUUGUGGACAAGAACGGCCGCUGUAACGUCCAGCACGGGAACCUGGGAGGAGAAACCAGCCGGUACCUGUCGGACCUGUUCACCACGCUCGUGGACCUCAAAUGGCGCUGGAAUCUAUUCAUCUUCAUCCUUACCUACACGGUGGCGUGGCUCUUCAUGGCUUCUAUGUGGUGGGUCAUUGCCUUUAUACGUGGAGACCUGAAUCAGGUCCACGAUGACAAGUACACACCGUGCGUGGCCAACGUCCACAACUUUCCCUCCGCUUUUCUGUUCUUCAUCGAAACCGAAGCCACUAUCGGAUACGGUUACCGCUACAUUACCGACAAGUGUCCAGAAGGUAUCAUUCUCUUCCUCUUCCAGUCUAUCCUAGGCUCUAUAGUGGACGCUUUUUUGAUCGGUUGCAUGUUCAUCAAGAUGUCCCAGCCGAAGAAACGCGCAGAGACGCUGAUGUUCAGCGAGCACGCGGCUAUUUCCAUGCGUGACGGCAAACUGACCCUGAUGUUCCGAGUGGGGAACCUGCGGAACAGCCACAUGGUCUCCGCGCAAAUACGCUGCAAACUACUCAAAUCCCGCCAGACUCCUGAAGGUGAGUUUCUGCCUCUGGAUCAACUGGAGCUGGACGUUGGUUUCAGUACUGGAGCCGACCAGCUUUUCUUAGUGUCCCCUCUGACGAUCUGCCAUGUGAUCGACUCCAAGAGCCCAUUCUAUGACCUCUCGCUCAGGUCCAUGCAAACAGAGCAAUUUGAGAUUGUGGUUAUCUUAGAGGGGAUCGUGGAGACCACCGGUAUGACAUGCCAAGCUCGUACUUCGUACACGGAGGACGAGGUUCUGUGGGGUCACCGGUUCUUCCCGGUAAUUUCCCUGGAGGAGGGUUUCUUCAAAGUCGACUAUUCGCAGUUUCAUGGCACUUUUGAGGUUCCCACACCUCCGCACAGCGUUAAAGAACAAGAGGAGAGUUUGCUCCUGUCAUCACCUCUGACGGCGCCCUCUCUGUGCCACAGCACAGUUGGGGUGACGGAGGGCAGCGGAACUCUUGAAGGUCUGGAACUUCAGAGCGAUGCAGAAACUGGCUCCAUCAAUAUAGCAACCCCCAUGCCAACUACCAAAAUGCCUGCCAAACUUCAGAAGCUUACAGGACGGGAUGCCCCCAUUCGGGACGGAAUGCCCCGCAAGCUUCUGCGCAUGAGUUCAGAGAUCACCUACAACCUGGGUGACCUGCCCUUCAAACUCCAGCGAAUCAGCUCAGCUCCAGGCGUGGCAGAAGAGAGGCUUCAGCCAAUCAGUUCUGUGCUGAGCCCCAAUGAGGACAGACUGGCUACCAAGCUGGGCUUGGUGGGCGGGGCUGAACCCAUCAGCCAAUCGGUGACAGAUCUGCCACCCAAACUGCAAAGGUUGGCAGGAGGGGUCGGGGUGGGUGGAGUCGGAAUCGGAGGACGAAUGGAUGGUCAUCUGCCUCCCAAACUGAGAAAAAUGCAUUCAGAGAGGUUCACAGGCUUGAGUUUAAAAUGAACUGACUUCUAUAUGUAUACAUGUUUUGGCCAUUUACCUCCUCUGAAAUUGAAAUUAAGUAAAAGGGACAAUUUAUAGCAAUUUAUAUAUGGAUAAAAUAUUAGAUUAAUGCUAAUCCUCUGUACAAUCUGGCAUGUUUUACCACAAACAGCAUGAAAAAAAGAAUUCAUUUUCAACAUCUAAAUGCAGAUAAUAUAACAACACUAUUUAAUGACUAUUCAGUAUAUCUCUUUUAUAUUAGCCUAAUAGCCAAACUUGUUUUGAGGGCUUGCCUAUAUUAAAAUUAUAUCUUAAAAUAGAUUAUCAAUCUAAUUAUCAGAAUGCAAUGUCGGUGUUCACUGAUAAUCCAUGGUAACUAAUGUUUCUAAAGGAGCCAGUGGCUAUAACCUGAGUUAGCCAUUUGUUUUUUUUUUUUUUUUAUCAGUGCAUCGGUUAUUGUGGUACACAAUAACACAUUGAGAGAUUAGAUGCUGUGGUCUUUAGACUUCAAGAAAUGGGCGCUGUGCAUUUAUGGUAAUGAAUUAUUUUAUUUUAUUUAUGAACCGACUCAGGUUUUGUUCUUUUUUUGUUUUUUAUCUAUUGCAUGAUCUAUCAUUUCAUAAUCAAGCCGGAUUAUCUCACGUCAAAGAAUAAGCCUUAAAUAUAAGGAGCCAAAUGUAAAAUACCAACCAUCGCAGACAACUAAUCUGGAAAGCUUUUAAAAAUGUUGACACUUUUUAAAGCUUUUAUGAUCCGUUUGUGGUGGAAUGGGUUUCCACCACAGUAUUUCACAUUUGGCUCUUACUUUAUAUAUGAUGUUUUGUCAAUGAUUGUUUCCGGCUGUUCUCCGUUUAAAAGUUUAAACUUAUUUGAAAUGUUCAAAUAUUUUCCUGACCUGAAUGACUUGAGUCUUGCAGUGGGUACAAUGGAUAAAGUGGGGGUAAACCCAUCUAAGACAAUAAAAAAGACAAUGGUUGUGUAUAUCUGUUUUAAUAUUCUUUAUAGAUAAGACCUUGUCAGCAUUGUUAUGGCUUUGUUUAACUCUUGUGUUUGAAAAAACGAAGCAAUAAGAUUAUAAAUUGCAGUGGAACUUUUGACUGGAAAAAUCUUGUACCAUAUGUUAUGUUCGCGUUCAAUGGUUUUCAGUUUUCUAAUUGUGUUUCCCUCAAUACAUUCUAUUCUACUUCUGACGAAUAUUAGAACG